AUGCGUUUCAUGGUUGCGGUGGCCGCUUUGGUGUCUGGAGUUGCUAUUGCUGGAUCUUUGACGACAAUCAAUCCUUGUCCAAAUGCAACAAGCACAUCCGCAACUCCAAUCACCGUUACAAUGCAGCAUCAAACUGUGUCAACCUGUUCCACAACAUCGGCAUGCUUCCGGGGAGCUUGUACCACCCAGUAUUCCAUGGAGACCUUUGCCUACGUUAGCACCAUUAUCCCAGCCGCAUGGGACGGCUCCUCGGUCCUUACGACCACAGUUACUUCUACUUCUCAACCCGUUACAGUUUCUCGAUUCCAUUCGACAAUCACUAAAUUUGCGACUCCCAUCUCAGCCUUCGUCGAGAAUGGGACUACUUCUCGCGUUUUUCCCCAACCAGUGUUUCUCACUAUUGUAAAAGACUUUAUGGUUCCCUACAACAAGAUUGGCCCAUUGGCGAUUCCAGGCUGCGGCGGAAGUGGCCUUUGCCAGGAAUGUAAUGUACAACGGGAUGGAAGCCGUUCUCAGGUCGUCAACGUUAUUGAGUGCAAGCCAGGUCUUGACGGAGCCAUGUGCAUUGCAUACGCGGAGACAUGGAUUUCCAAGCCGGCUCCUGCCGCUUCCUCUACAACAUUGGCACCCCUGGCAACCAGAUUCGUGGCUCCUUCAGCCAGCACCUAUGCCUUCACAUUCACUUUAACCGCUCCUAGCCACAUAAUUACUGCCGGAGUAGAAACAAUCACUAUCACCCCGAGUCCUUUCUUUCAUCAUGUCGUCCGUCAAUGCCACAGGCCUCGAGAAGUUAUUGAUUUCACCAUAGUCGUCACCAAAACAAUCUUUUGGACGGUGCCCUGCAGUAGACAGCCGCCGCCGCGGACCUCAAGCGCUGUUCCAAUUCCCACUGGUUUUCAUGCAAUUCCAGGUUUCCGUCAACCAGGCAAAGGAACGGAUCGUUCUCUCAACAAUUUGGGAGGUGACACGUACGACUGGGCUGGCUGGGGGAGCGAUGAAGUGACCAAACCUAACCUUCCCCUUCCUCCGGACUGGGCUGACUGGAUUGCAACUCACUCCGCUAUUGGAUCUGAAACUUCGAGUGUGUUUCAAAGUUCGAACUUCGGCUCGACCAGCGGCCCUACGAGCAACUCGUACAUGACGAGCUCCAGUACAUACUUCUCCUCUGCAACGAGUGCGACGAGCAGUUCUUUUCGCUCCCUCACAGGUCUCACUGGCAUUUCUAGCGGUAGUUCCUCUAGCUCAAGCCUUCCACAGUCCUCGUCGACCAACAAUUCUCCCGGCAACACUUCCUCCGCUUCUACCGCCAGCGGGGUUACAAUCAGCUUAUCUAGUGGCAGCUCGUGCCCAUCGAUGACCAGCGGCGUGUCCAUUGCUAUGGUCAGUACAUCAAGCCUCUCGGGUGGACCGCUUCCUGGCUUGACCCUCAACCUCAAUCUCAAUCUUUACCUCCAGCUCUUCCACUGGUCCUAA